AUGACUGAAAAUAGUGACAAUAAUGAAAAUAAAGAAGCUGAUACUUUGCAAGUACCAGGCAAAGAUGGAGACUCGAAUAGACUACCUGGCAUUGCGCUUCUUAGAAGACAACCCGACGGUUGGCCUAUCAAUAUGCUAAAACCUACAACUCUUUUUGCUGGAUGCAUGUUGGUUAUGGUGGCAACUCAGGUGCGAGCAGACACGGAACAUUACAAUUACAAUUUGAGGAGUAUGCCCAAGAAAUUCUGUGGUCGUAUAUUAGCAGAUACAUUAUCGAUUGUUUGCGAAGGAAAUUACAAUGGCCAUAUGAAUAAGAAAAGUGGUCGUCCUGAAGAUGAUCGCUUCAACAGCGACGAUUACCUGAGUUUCGAGCAGCAACUCGACGAGCCGACGUUCCCGUUCCGUUCGCGUUCGAACGCGAUGCGCCUCAAGUUCAGGAGGACAGUUCGCGGUAUUACGAACGAAUGCUGCGAAAAAUCAUGCACAUACAAUGAACUGAGAUCGUAUUGCGCACCACCGACAGAUAGACCGUCGAAUUACUAUCCUUAUUCAAACUAA